GAGUGAAGUGUGUCAGAUAGGUAUUACAAGUAGGUACAAGGAGACUCUACUCAACGCCUAAGGUUUUAUCCUUCAAAGAAUAAGUUGUGUUUUACACCUCUGGGAUCUCGCUCUAUUGGAGUCAAUGCACUACACUACAUAUGUUUUAUUAGAUCCUACCGCAAUGGACCACAUCAGAUACGUCAUCAGUGAGUCAAACCUUAUCAUUUAUGACCAUUCCCGAGAGCCUAUACUGGAUAACCAGAUCAAAAUGUCCCGAUUCGAGUGGAAUGUUAUCGAUUCAAGCCCGGUCGAAUAUUCACCAAAAAGCCUUGAUGGUCUAAUGAAGGAAGAAUUCCGCAACUUUAGACAAAAGAUCUGUGAAGAUCGAGAUGCCUCCCCCACCAGAAGCGAUCACAAUAGAUCGACCAGUUCCAAGAGGCACUCCAGGUUCAGCCCCUCUCGCGAUCGAAAAGAAGAAAGACCACGUAGUCAGGACAGAAAGGAUACCGAAGAAAGGCGAGAACCUACAAAACAUACGAAGAUUACGCAGACCCCCGAGUACAUCAAAAUUUGUGAACAUCUAUGUUGGCGGUGCGGUAAAACCGGACAUAGUCGUAAGACCUGUAUCAAUGCCGCUAAACUAUUCUGCUCCAGAUGUGGUUUGGUAGGAAUAUUAACCCGUGCGUGUCUUUGUAAACCCAGAAGUGAUCCCAAGAUAAGGAAACGUGCAAACGAAAGCCAGUUGGCACGCAUUCCUGAUCCAUUCCGAGCAGAGUCGAAGUCAGUACAUAGACACCGUCCUACGAUUCUGCGAAGUGAAGAGAAUUCUGUCAAGAGAGCCGUCUUCGAGCUGGCAAAACUCGAACCCGGCUCGAAGCCAGUCUAUAGACACCGACCUUCGCUGAGAAGUGAAGAAAAUCCGCCCAAGAGAGCCGCCGUCGAUCUUUCAAAAUUUAAAACCACCAAGUCAAUUGGAAUACAGUGUGAAAUUCUACGGACACCAGCCUACUUGAAGUUGAGAGCGAUACCUCCUGAAGUAUUCUUUGUUGUUUGCAGAGACAAUACCGCCGUAUUGAAUACGAAUUAGAGGGUGAUUCGUCGUAAAGAAGAAAUAAUAAUUAGAACUGUCUUUUUUUUUUUGAUAAAUAAAAAUUAUCAAUCAAGAUCUAGAAUCAACCUAGAUUCUAGAUGGAAAGGAUAAUGAAAAGUAUGAAUGAUCAUUUGUUUUUUUUAGGGAUGAGUAAUGAAAAACGAUUUUCGGUCAUUGAAGAAGUUCGUAAACAUUUUUCCGUUAGCUGUAUAUUUCUUUCAAGACGAUGCCGAGGGAAUUAUAAUUAAAAGUAUCUGAUUUUGAUAAAAUAAGAAGUUUGUCUAGAUUCCGUUCCAUUUUCUAAUUGAUGUUUCAAAUUUUCCUGAUUCCACGAAACACAUGCUGUGUGGAGCUAGAUCCGUUAAAACAAGUUCUUAGAUUUUGUUUCUAACCAGUACAUUUUUGUUCUUUCGAUUUCCCUGAAACUUUAUUCAGAUUAAAACCAAAUAUUUCCAAGCAUUAAAACGAAGCUAGUAGAAGCAAUAUAUUUUUAAUUUUUUUACAGGCUGUUUUUUGCCUUCUUCAGAAAUUGAACAUCUGAAAAACGGGAGGCCCGUUUUUUCUGUUAUUACAGGUUCAAUGUUAUUUCAGAAAAUUCUCGAAGCCAGAAAUAAAAUUCGUCAGUGCUGACUAAUGAAGAGGCAGCAAUGAAGCUACCACUUUUUCCGAAAUUCGAUUUGGGCUUUCCCAUCCGUAAUUUAAUAAAUUAUUUUAUUUCAGUAUAUAGUUGAGUUGUUGCUUUCAGGCAUUUUUUACAAGUUCAACUAUUAAAACAUGAAUGAUGCUUACAGUUAAGUAAAGUAAGAAUUAUAAUUAUGUCCUAUUUAAUAUAUGCAACCUUAGCAGUUAGCCACACAUAGGUCUCUUUAUCAAACAAUAUACCUGGCAUUGGCCAAUGAAAUACAAAAUAUGUACUAUUCGUCUGAAUUUACCAUGUUUAUUUACUCAAUGCUAAACCUCUUAUGUAUCCUAUCUACUGCAAAGGAAUAACUCAAAGUGGUAAGUCAAGUUUUAAAAGAAGGAAAUUGAAGUCCAAUUGAAACCAUAUGUGGUACAUUGAAGGUAGUUGUUUCAUAAGAUAUUCCGAGUUUUUGUCCUGAAAUUCCUUCACAAUAAUAGCCUUGUAAUGGUGUGUUAUAUUUCAACGAACUUGAUGUUUUGAAUUGAAAUUAUAGGAAGUGUUACUUCAGCACUAGAUACCAUACAAAAUAUACUAAAUUAUUUACUUACCUUGCUCCGAAUGCACAAUAACAUAGUAACUUACAAUAGUGGCAAAAUACACAAGAUUAACUAAAACCUAUGUAGCUGAUCUCUUUACUACAGUAACCAAAUUCUUGAAUAUAUUUUCAGUGGGAUAUCUAUUCUACUCGAUAUUAAUAGUACUCAAUAUUUCGAAUGUGUAUUUAUUAUAGAAUUCUGAAUAAAACAAACUACGGCACAAGAAUCUCAAAAAUAUAAAUUCCAUCAUCCAGGUAUAUAAAAUUUUUCCAUUCAAACACAAUUUAUUCAAUAUCAUCUUUCAUUGCCUAUUGGGAAUAGAACUUAUUUGAGUAUCAGCAGAUUUCUUCAAGUAUCAAAUGGGCAGAAGCAACUAAUUUAAUUAUUGUUAUUUUAUGUUCAAUAUAUUCAAGCCCUAAAUUGUAUUAACUCUUAAUGUUUCAUUUUGAGAUGGAUGCAAGAAUGAUCUUUAGUGAUAACAUAGUAGGCCAGUCAUUUGUAAUGAGGAAUAGUUAACAUUAUGUAGCUUCAGUAAAAAAUCUGAUGCAGGUAAACUAUUACAUUUCGACUAACUACAUAUUUUCUAGGUAUUAUUCAAUAUUUCACAGUUAAAAAAUAUGAACAACCUCAGUACAACCAUGGUGAUAAAAUAAAAAGCUGGAAAAAAUCAGUUACAAAAUUCAUUGGAAACAUGUAAAAUUAUGUUUACCUAAAAUGAAAACCAACUCGAGAUAUUUCUUCACCCAUCAUUCCUAAGCUUGACAAGAUUCUCAAAUACAAGUCUCUUCAUCGUAAUCAAUUCAGAACUGCUUCUUUCAAUUGCAAGUUACUGUAUCAACUAAACAAUGAAACAGACUUGAGAUAUUUCAACAGAGCAGCUUGAAUUUCUUUUGAAUUGCAGCUACCUACCAAAUGUUUAUUUAUUUCUAUUAUAUACUAAUUUAAUUCAACUUCUUGUUUUGCUCAAGGAAAUUCUUGAAAGACUACAAUCUCAUCUACAUAACAGCACAUUUAUCACUUCUCAAGGUGGGGAGAAUCCACAUGAAUUUUUCGUAAUUUAAUAUAAAUGCACAAACAAAACGAUUUUAAAUUAGAAUGAACUAGAUUUGAUUCUUUUUUACUUAUAUUUUAUAAUUAAAAAAACAAUUGAAUUAUAUUACCUUUGCAGGUCAAAUAA